CUAUGGGUGCUUCCAAUUUAACAGGCAGAUUCGGAUACAGAAUUGUAGAGUGCUAGGAAUCGCAAGAGAAACAACUGGCGGUAUUGUUCUCUUCAAGAGGACAGAUGCUACGCAACAGAGAAAAAGAAGAAGAACCGAGUGAGAUGGACAGUUCCGAGGGCUUAAUAUAAUCGCAACACAGAGGAACACCUGUAUUGUUAUUAAUUGAGACUCAAAUGUUCUCUAGUAAGGCCAAAUUAAUAAAACGCACAGGAAAAAACCCCAUUGGGCGUUACGACUUUUUAAAGUUAUUGGCCACUGAAUACAAGACAACAUCGUCUAAAGACGCUCGGGAACAGGUACUGGCAAACUUGGCAAACUUUGCCUAUGACCCUGUAAACUACGGAUACAUAAGGCAGCUACGAGUAAUCGAUUUGUUUCUCAAUGCUCUGUCCGAAAGCAACCCCAAGCUGGUGCGCUUUGGCAUCGCCGGUCUCUGCAAUUUAUGUUUAGAUGCAAUAAAUAAGACGUAUAUCCUGCGCAAUAGAGGCGUCGAGUUAGUAUCGUCGUUACUGUCUUCCGAAGACGAAGAUGUUUUGCUGACAGUAAUUACUACCUUGAUGUUCUUGGUCACGCCUGAGUCGGUAACCGAGAUAACGUCACCUGAAAUAACCAGACGGAUACUGGAACUCUCGGACACGUCGUAUGAACAUGUGCGCGUUAGAAACGUGGCGAUCUUGUUCUUGGAAGACUAUUGCAAAGCAAGCGUGAAGACGGCGGAGACUAUUUACAAGAGAAACAACAUCAUGAAGCUGAUCCAGUUCUUUGCUGGGUUUCUCAAAAACUAUUCUGUAAGAACUUCGAAAAUAAGAUCGUUCGCUGAUACAGCAGUGAACAAUCUGAAGGAAGGAGACGAGGUAUCGGUUUUAAAAGUGAUAACGAAUGACGAUAUACUGAAGUUUGCUGAAUUAACGGGCGAUCAUAAUCCGAUACACACUGAGUCAGCAAGAAAUAUUGUGCACGGUGCUUUACUCAACAGCCUAGUGUCAGGCUUAAUUGGUACAAAGCUACCUGGUGCAGGUACCAUAGUUAUCGAGCAAAAUCUCACGUUUCCUAAACCGUGUUACGCCGGCGAUACCGUAUGGAUUAUGGUAAAAAUUACAUCAGUGAGAAAAAUCAUUAAAUGUGUAUACAUGUGUGUCGCUAAUGGAGAUAGAGUCGUUCUCGAAGGAGAGGCAAAACUCAUGAGAAAGUUAUUGUAGUACUUCAUUAUUACAUACUGUAAAAAUAUUUAAUAUAUUUCUACGGUGUAUAGAUUUAUGGGGAUAUUUAAUAAAAACUUUAUAAAACUUAAA